AUCUGUCGCUGCUCUCCUUCCCUCCGCCAUCGCAGACCGCCAUUGCCGUUCCUCCGCCGCCUUGCUUCUCCUCCAUCGCCGUUCCUCCGCAGCCGCGCUCUGCUUCUCCUCCAUCGCCGCUCCUCCACCGCUGCGCUCUGUUUCUCCUCCAUUGCCGCCGCUGCUGAUCUUCUCCGAUCCUCCAUCGCCGUCGCUGCCCGCUGCUCCCCUCGCCGGCGGAGGCAACCGAUGACGCCUUCGCCGACGACGAACGCGACCACCUCCGGCUCUUCUCUUUGUUCUAGUGCGUCCAAUUUCAAAGUCGAUAUACAGAAGGAUCAACAAGGAAGUCACGGAGUUAUUGUGGAUGCAGUUUGCUUGGCUAUUUGACUGGUGGGCAAAUAUUAAGGUUGAGCUGUACAUAGAUCCAGAAACUUAUGAAUUACUGGGUAAAGAGAACGCUGUUGUUAUUUCUAACCACAGAAGUGACAUUGAUUGGCUUGUGGAAUUUAUCCUCGCUCAGCGAGCUGGUUGCCUUGGGAACACUCUAGCUCUAGCAAAGAAACCGUUAUUUUAUAUCCUAAUUUUGGAAUGGUCGAUGUGGUUUGCUGGUUUUAUUGUCAUUGAAGGAAACUGGGCAAAGGAUGAAAGAAAACUGCAGGCCACCAAUGAGAUCAAUGCAGAACUAUCGUUUGCUAAAGAUGUGGCCGAGCGGAGGAGGAUGCAAUCUAAGACACUAUCACAGUUGUAUUCGAGAUAUCCUUCCAUUGCUGAAGCAUGCUAUACAACCUAGGUACAACUAUUGUACGUAUUUUAAUUAAUAAAGUAGUUCAUUUAUGUGUUUUAAAAUAUUAGGAUUUGGUUAGAUUAUUGUGUUUGGGUAAAAAAAAAAAAUAUUAGACAA